AUGCGGUUCUCUUUGAAUGCUCUGAAGGUUGAUGCGUCGGUGCGUGCUGCACAGGCAGAUAGAUGUCAGAAAUGCGCACUCAGUUGUUCUGGUAGUGGCUUCGUUAAUGAAGCGGGUGCCCGUUUUCAGCGAGAGGCGCACACGGCCACGCUCGAGACAGAGAUCGCAGAGGCACAAGACAUUGCCCAGAGUGAAGCUGCAGCUGCAAAGCAGCUUGUUGAGGAGGCGAAGCUGGCGGAGUUGAAGGCAGUCCAGGAUGCACAGAGCGCCUCCGCCGCGCAGGCAGCGGGCCUGCUUGAGAAAGCCUCAGCAGCGCAGGAGCGUGUUCGUCAAGCUGUGGCAGCUCAGGCCAGGGCAGCUCAGGAGGCAGCGGCAGCACAGAAGACCGCUGCUGAUCUCCAGGCCAAAGCGGCCAAGGGGUUCAAGUUGCCCUGGUGCCUCAGCUGCGUUUCCUUUGCGCGCUCGAUUCGCUCGAUUCGCUCUGUGGGGGAGAUUGGAGAAGCCAUCGUUGAGGCAGAAGAAGGUGGCGGCGUGAUCCACCUGUCUCUUGUUCCACUCUAUGAUGUAGGCAAGGUAUGUGCGAUCGCGAAGGCUGCAAAGCCAUGGGUGACAACACGGCUUAGCAAUUGCUUCAAGUUGAGGAGGCCGAGCACAAGACUCACCACAUUCUACUUUACUCACGUGAUACCAGUACAGGGGAUUGCGAUACGCAGGCACCCCUCCAAAGACGGCAUGGACAAUUUCAGAGGGGUGGUUCCACGAUGCUCGAGGAUCUCGGUGCGUCUCUCUGAAAGGGACUGGAUGGAUGACGGCACGAGUCUCGAUGGACAACAGUCUUCAGAAGCGGCACCUUUUAUCUUCAGUGUGUUUACCCCGGAUGCUGCAAGCUUCAAGCGCGAAAAGGAGCUUCUGAUUGCCAACGAGAAGCUGACCGCUGAUGUUGAACGUUUGCAGCAACGCCUGUCGUUUGUCGAGGAACUCGUUGGUCCCACAGAGACGCAGCGAAAGAAUUUUCAGCUGCAGCUGAGCUUGGCGAGAGAAGCAGCGCUUCGAGUUGCUCACAGCAAUGCCGGCUCCAUCCCCACUCGCUGCGUUGGUCGGCUGGAUGAAAACUGGCUGCGUUCAAAGGGCCUCACAGAUCAAGAGUGCAGCAUGCUGCAAAGGGGUUGCGUGGCGGGUCAUGACGGUGUGCCGUGUGACAUAUCGAUGCUGGGCGAUCCCGGCUUCUGCCCGUACGACCGAAAGACACUGCAGCCCAGAUGGGAGGCCAAAGGCGGCUUCCUGCAGCUGAGCCUGGGAGACCUCCGUGAGAAGUGGGGCGAAGAGGUGGCCUUGGAGGUGGUCCGCUGUGCUAUAGAGCUGGACAGGCAUGAUGCAAGCAGGCGAUUGGGCGUCGAGUUGCCGUGGAAUGAGAAGGAGGAGCGUGAGAUGGAUGCUGCUGAGGUCAUAGGGCUCUUGGGACAGCAACUGGAAGCAGCCAAAUGUGCAGGUACGACCGAGCGGCUGGUGGACGACGACGAGGAGAGCGAAUGGGAAGGCUUUCCUCGGUCAGAGGUGCUGUCGCCUGUUGACGUGGGAGAGGGUGGCCGAUCGCGGGCUUGGUCGAUGCUCGAAGCGAUGAUGAACGACCUGGGUCUCAACCCAAGAAGCACGUCGGCGAUGGCCAACGCUGGGCAGCUCUCCACUGUGCGUUCAGAUCAGGAUCAUGUGGAGGAGCCUGACACGGACGAUGAGGUUGUUCAAGAGGCUCUCGAGGAGCAGGGGCGAGCUGAAGCUGCAGCCGAACAGGACAUCCAGCAGAUGCUGCGAGAGUCUCCAGCGGUGAUUCUUCCGCCAGCGCAGUCCCAGAGCAAAUCUAGCUCAAGGAUGAACUUGCUGACCCCAUCUCGAGCUCAUACGCCUUGUUCAGGCAUGCAGACAGUGAGCUCGAAUGCAACAAGAGCAACAAGCUCCUCACCAGGAGCUUUUGAGGCUGGCAGGACCGAGGCGUUGUCGAAUGAGGCAUCACCCAAUGAAGCGCUCUUCCUGCAACUCUUGGAGGACGAGGUUGCAGGCAGCUUGAACCACUUGAACCUCAUGAUGCCGGGCUCACCUGAGACUUCCAGAGCAACGUCGCCACUCUCUUCACAGCCCAGUCCUUGA